UCACACCACGUAGUAUUAUCAAAGGACACCUGGCUUCUUGCAUGCAACUCUUCAUUUCAUCUCUAUCUUUUCUCCUCACUCUCUCCAGCUAUAUAUACCUCCUUCCCCUUCUCCAUUCUUCAUAGAUCAAGUAGACCAAUGGCCAAAAUGAUCAAGCCCUUAGCUUUCUUUUUGCUUCUCUCAGUUUUGCUAGCUUCGGUUAGUGCUUUCACUCAUCAUGACCCGAGUCAGGGUGGUCACCAGGGUCAAGAUCCCGAAAAGGAAUACAAGGAAUGUAAACAGCAGUGUAAGAGACAGGCCGAUCCGGGGAGGAGGCAGGAGCAGGAAGAUUGUCAACGUCAGUGUAAGGAGAGGUACGAUGAGCGCCGACAAAAGGGUGGUGACACGGACCCUAUAACAGGAGGCGAAUCACAACAAGACAACAACCCUUAUGUUUUUCAAGAGCAGCAUUUCCAAACACUUAGCGCUCAACAUGGCAAGCUCCGAGUUCUUCCCAGGUUCUCUGAUCAUUCCAAGCUUCUUCGAGGUUUCAUCAACGCCUUCCGUUUUGCUUACCUUGAGGCCAACCCGCAAACUUUCUUGCUGCCUCAGCAUGUGGAUGCCGAGCUCCUCUUAGUCGUUGUUCAAGGAAGGGGAAGAAUCAGCUUGUUGCGUCCCGGUGGAAGGCAGAGUGUGAAUCUCAGAGUAGGAGAUAUUAUCAGAGUUCCUGCAGGAACAACUACUUAUCUGAUCAAUAGUGACAAUAACGAGAAGCUUAUCAUAGCCAAGCUCAUCCAGCCUAUCUCCACGCCAGGCGAAUUCGAGCCGUUCUUUGGAGUUGGAGCGAAGAAUCCAGAGUCCUUCCUCAGGGCUUUCAGCACUGAGAUACUGGAAGCCGCAUUAAAUGAAAAGAGGGACAAGGUUCAGAGGUUGCUUGAUGCACAGAAGGGUGAUUUUAUAGUGAAGGCUUCGGAAGAGCAGAUCAGGGCUCUGGACAAGAAAGACGAGGAAGGAGGUAAAGGCAUAUGGCCUUUGCCUUUCGGUGGUGGUGAAUCAGAGAACAAGAUUAAUAUUUUAAGGCAAAAUCCUGUUGAAUCGAAUGAGUUUGGUGAGCUCCGCGAGGUUAAACCCAGUGACUUUAGGCCGCUCGAAGAUUUUGAUGUCACUGUUUCCUUUGCUAACAUCACACAGGGAGGCAUGUCAACUAUCUUCUUCAAUUCCAAGGCAAUUAAGAUCUCUGUGGUGACGAAUGGAGCUGGGGAACUUCAAAUGGCAUGUCCGCAUUUGGCACAGGAACAUGGCCAAGGACAGCAAGGCCGUGGUGGCUCUCAGGAGGGCCAAGGACAACAAGGCCGUGGAGGCUCACAGGAGCAGGGCCAAGGAGGCCGUGGUGGCUCCCAGGAGGGACAAGGACAACAAGGGCGUGGAGGCUCCCAGGAGCAGGAGCAGGGCCAGGGCCAAGGAAGCCAUGGUGGUUCACAACAGCAAAGCUAUGAGAAGGUGCAAGCACGUUUGACGCAGGGUGUGGUGUUUGUAACCCCUCCCGGCCACCCUCUAACUUUGGUAGCUUCCAAAAACCAGAAUCUUGAGGUUCUCUGCUUCGAGAUCAACGCUAGAAACAAUGAGAGAAUUGCUCUGGCAGGGCAAGACAACAUAUUCCAACAGAUGGAGAAGGUUGCAAAGGAGCUGGCUUUCAACAGACCAUCUCAAGAAGUGGAUGAAACAUUCGGGGCAAACAGGAAGAAAUGGUUCUUCAAGGGUCCUAACCAGCAGCAACCAGGCCGCGCCUACGAGUGAAGGAGAAGCUAGCAACAUCAAUGGAGUAACGGGCGAUGCAUCAGUAGCAGGGCUACUUUUCUUAUGUUAUCUAUAAAUAAGACGUGAUGUAAAUUUCGAGUGAGUUUUUAUGGAGAAGAAUGCAGUAAUGUGGUUUUGUACCGUGUAAUCCUAACUAUGAUGAUGCAUUAUAUAUAAAUAAAUAUUGCCUUGCUCCCAAUUAAAGCAUCUCCAUGUUGCUGGAUGAGUCUAUAUUCUUGAAAGUUUAUAAAUCUAUCAUUUUUAAUCA